CUUUGUUUGUCCACUGACAGUCAAACAAACAUGCUGUACAUCAAUUACUAAAAUAACAUUGGAAUAACAUAGUAAGGAUUUUAGUAAGUCUUUUUGGUCAGAAACACCUCCAGUAAACAUGACACCAGCCAUCUCUAGAACUGCUGCUGGGGAGAUAAACCACUGGUGGAGCCAACUGAAGUUUCGCCUUCAGCAUAGAAAAGGAUGGAACGAAAUGUUGGAUGAGACCUUCCUCACGCAGAACAAAAAAGUCAAUGACAUCCCCCUGUUUUCCGCCACUAAGGAGAACAAUGCAGCCUGUAUAAAGAAACUGCUUGACUGUUCAUCUACAAAUAUCUUUGAGAGAGGUGAACUUGGAGAGACGGCUCUGCAUGUUGCUGUGAUGAGCGAUAAUUUUGACGCAGCUGUGGCGUUGAUGGAAGGAGCACCGGAGCUCAUCAACGAGCCCAUGACCUCUGAACUAUACCAAGGUUUAACGGCUCUUCACAUCGCUGCUGUUAACCAGAACAUUAACUUAGUCCGCGAGCUGAUAGCAAGAGGAGGUGAUGUGGCGACACGGGUCACAGGCAUGUACUUCCGCAAAAGAAGAGGAGGACUUAUGUAUUUUGGUGAACACAUCCUGGCAUUUGCGAGCUGCGUGGGGAAUGAAGACAUUAUAAACAUACUGAUAAAAGCUGGGGCUAAUAUCCGGGCCCAGGAUUCCCUGGGUAACACCAUUCUUCAUCUGUUGGUUUUGCAGCACAACAAAACAACUGCAUGUCAGAUUUUUGACUUGCUGAUGUCAAAAGAUGCAGAUCUAGACCCCGCUAUCCCUCUAGACAUGGUACCCAACUACAGAGGCCUCACGCCAUUCAAACUCGCUGCGAAGGAGGGCAACCUCGUGGCCUUCCAGCAUGUGGUUAACCGCAGACGGAUUAUUCAGUGGAGUCUGGGACCAUUGUCCUCCAACCUUUAUGACCUCACUGAGAUUGACUCCAGGGAGGAUGACCUCUCUGUGCUUGAGAUCAUUGUCAGCAGUCCAAAAAAAGAGGCCAGGAGGAUUCUUGAGCUGACUCCAGUUCGACAGCUUGUCAGACUGAAGUGGAAUCUGUAUGGGAAACAUUACUUCAGGUUAUUGAUGAUGGUGUACCUGCUGUAUAUCAGCAUAUUCACUUUGUGUUGUAUAAACCGACCCAUGAAGGACAUUCCUGAGAAUUACACCAAAGCAGACAACGACCACACCAUAAGAUUGCAGAAAAGCUUUACGGAGAGCUAUCAGACCUAUAAAGAUCACCUGCGUUUAAUUGGAGAAAUUAUCAGUGUCAUAGGAGCCAUCAUUAUUCUGCUGAUAGAGAUUCCCAGUAUUUUGAAAGUGGGGGCUAAACGCUAUUUCGGACAGUCUGCCCUCGGAGGACCCUUCCAUGUAACUAUGGUUAGCUACGCUACUCUGGUUGUGAUCUUGUGUGUGUUGCGGACCACUGGAAUGGCAAUAGAGCUUGUGCCAAUCUCUUGGGCUUUGGUUCUUGGCUGGUCCAACGUUAUGUACUUCGCCCGAGGUUUUGAGAUGCUGGGACCCUACGUCAUUGUGAUUCAGAAGACGAUAUUUGGAGAUAUGACAAAGUUUAUGUGGUUGUCGCUCAUCUUCCUCAUUGGAUCCUCUGCCGGCUUGUGGAUGUUUUAUAUGACUCAAGAAUCUUUAGCUUUACCGCAAUAUCGCUCGUUCCCCAUCACCGUCUUCACGCAGUUUGAGCUGAGCAUCGGUCUGAUUGACUUGCCAGUCGACCAUACGCUCUACACCCAUCCAGUGGUGCACUGUGUCCACGUCUGCUUCAGUGUGAUCUCUUACAUCCUCCUGUUCAACCUCCUGAUCGCCAUGAUGAGUGACACGCAGUGGAGGGUCACCCAAGAACGUGACGAACUCUGGAGGACCCAGGUGGUGGCUACUACUUUGAUGCUGGAACGGAGAUUACCACUGCGUCUGUGGCCAAGACUGGGCGUCUACGGACUGGCGUUCGGCCUUGGAGAACGCUGGUAUCUCCGAGUGGAGGAUCGUAACGACCCAAUGGUGCAAAAGAUGAGACGCUACAUUAACGCAUUCUCAAAGGAAGGUGAACCAGCUAAAGAGAAGGAGGAAACAGGCAAGAGCAAGCCUAAUGAUUUAGUCGUCCAAGAUGAGCCUAAAGUCCAGAGGAGACCCAUAAAAUGCUGGCAGCUGAUUCGCCAGAGUAUAGAAUGUGAAAAGGAAGAAAAUGUGGAUGGAAUCUAA